AUGACGAGCAUCUGCAGCAACUAUCCGCACUUUCAGCUGACCAACGGCAACAUCAUGUUGCUGCAUCAGCAGCAGCAACAACUGCAGCAACAGCUCCAGCAGCAGCAGCAGCAUCAACAGCAGCAGCAGCAACAACAUCAGCUGAUUGCGCCCAAGCUGCCGCUGGGCAACAGCCAAUUGCAGAAUAUGCAACAGUCCUCGAUUGGGCCCAUGUUGGCCAAGAAGAAAUACAACUAUUCGAGUCUGCCGUACGGCGGCGCCGAGCAGCAGCUGCCCUCGGUGGCACGUCGCAAUGCCCGGGAACGGAAUCGUGUCAAGCAGGUGAACAACGGCUUUGUCAAUCUGCGCCAGCAUUUGCCACAGACUGUCAUCAAUACGCUAUCGAACGGUGGACGCGGCGCCAGCAAGAAACUCUCCAAGGUGGACACACUGCGCAUCGCCGUCGAGUACAUACGCGGACUGCAGGACAUGCUCGAUGAUGGCCAGCCAAGGCGCCAGCAGCUAUUCAGCAGCCUGGCGGACGAGAGCAGCAACGAUGGCAGCCAUGACUAUAACGACUACAACGAUAGCCUGGACAGCAGCGGCUCACCAACGCCGGCUGGCGCACUGGGCGCUGGACAACAAUAUGCCGGACAUUCGUAUCACUCCAGCUCGCCCACGCACUCGUACAGCGACGAUGCCUCCGAUCUGUCGGCCAGCUAUGUCAAGCAGGAGCUCACCGAACAGGAGUCCGAGCAGCAGCAGCAGCAGCAGCAUCAGCAGCAGCAACAACAGCAGCAGCAACAUUUCAAAUUCGAGUCCUUCGAUAGCUUCAGCGACGAGCAGCCCGACGAUGAGGAGCUGCUCGACUACAUCUCCUCGUGGCAGGAACAGUGA